AUGGUCCUCCGCAUCCGUCUCGCUCGAUUCGGCACCGCGCGCAAGCCAGUAUACAACAUCAUUCUCGCGCAAGCCAAAUCCGCGCGGGGCAAAAAACCCAUCGAAGUCCUAGGCACAUACAACCCGAUCCCGCAAGAGCCGCUCGCGACGCCCGACACGCCGGAGUUCCUGCCCACCGGCGAGCGAUUCACGUCCAAAAAAAUCAAGGAUGUCCAGCUCGACAUGGUGCGCACGAAAUAUUGGCUGGGUGUCGGGGCGCAGCCGACUGAGCCGGUGGAGAAAUUGUUUAGUUUGAUCGGAUUGAUUGAACCGAAACCCUCGUCGAAAGCGCAACAACCGUUCCGGUCUACUUCCUCGUCCUCAUCUACAUCUACACCAACGCCAACGCCAACGCCAGAAGUGGCCACGAGUUGA